CGCGUCAAACAUUAACUUAAAGAAGUGCGCGUGUUGCAACACAUGGAGAAAAACAACAGCAGUGAAUAAUGUCGGCAACACGAACUCUACACGUCCUCAGGAGACAAAAGCUUUUAUAUAAAAAACUCUGUUCAGUGUGGACUGUCAGAGGUUUUGCGAAUAAAAGUGAUGAAGGCUGGUUGGGUUCCAUGUUUGCACACAAAGUGGAUGCCAGGAGAGAUGCCCACUCCAAUCUGCUCUCCAAGAAAGAAACCAGCAACCUCUACAAGAUACAGUUUCAUAAUGUAAAGCCGGAAUAUUUGGAUGCAUACAACAAAUUGUCAGCUGAGGUUCACAGUGAGCUCCAUCAGGAUGUCCAUUAUCCAUGUGAGCUAGUUGGAAGCUGGAACACCUGGUAUGGAGAACAGGAUCAGGCAGUGCAUCUGUGGAGAUACACCGGUGGAUAUCCUGCACUAACAGAAUCUUUACGCAAACUCAACCUCAGUACGGCAUAUCUUGCGUUUCGAAAAGAAAGGAGUAAAAUGUUGCUCUCCCGCCGGAACCAACUUCUUCUUGAAUUUAGCUUUUGGAACGAGCCUACGCCCAGAUCCGGACCCAACAUUUAUGAACUGAGAUCAUAUCAACUCAAACCUGGUACAAUGAUCGAAUGGGGAAAUAACUGGGCUCGAGCGAUCAAAUACAGACAAGAAAACAAUGAGGCAGUGGGUGGUUUCUUUACACAGAUUGGUGAAUUGUAUGUUGUUCAUCACUUGUGGGCUUAUAAAGACCUGCAGACCAGACAAGAGACCAGGAACACUGCUUGGUUGAAAGAGGGCUGGGACGUUAAUGUGCACUAUACUAUGCCUCUUAUCCAGAAAAUGCAAUCGAGAAUUAUGAUUCCCAUGGAGCAUUCACCAUUAAAAUGAAAUCAACAAAGUUUUAUUUUGUGAUAAUCUCAUGACCAGUAGAUCCCAGGAACUCAACUGGCGAUAAAGAGCAAACGUGCCAAUGUUAAAGCUUAAACCGAAAGCUGUGAUAACAGACCAAACUGUUGAAUUGUUACAGGAAAGUUUUUGUUAUAAUUCAUUGUUUUAAUCACUGUUGCCUUACAAUGUAUUACGUAGCGCGUAAGCCUGUUGGUGUUUUUGAAAAAACUUGGUGCCUCUCAACUGGUCUGCAAUUCAAGCAUUUUGUUUAACUGUAUGCUAUUUAUUACCUGAAUAGCAGAGGACAUUUAAUAUGAAUGUGAAUAAUAUGAAUAUAAUUACUUGCUUAUUAUGAAUUUCAUUUGACUCCAUAGUGGGGUCCAGAAAUCUGUGUAUGCCCGUAGAAAAAAGGUUAACAUUAUUGUCACAUAUUUACUUACAUUUGAUCAUUGGCCUAAAAGAGUGCAUGAUUUUUUUAUUUUACAAAUUAAUUUAGCAAUUUAUUUAAAAAUGUAUGCAAAUGAAAUAUGCAGAUGUUCAGUACUGGAACACUAAAACUGUUUUGUAUUAUUUUUUAUGUGCGUGCAUGCAUGCAUUAACCCUAACCUUAAGUGUACCUAACCUUACAUAUUAACGUAUGAUUAAAUUAUAAUUUUUAGUUA